AAAGAGUGUGCAGUCUACGGACGAAUGAAACCAUGAUGGGAACACUGAUGUGGGACUAGAUAAGGCUCCAGAAACUCAGGGGUCAGACAGACUUGAUGCAGAUGGAGUCAGGCUAACUCAGACCAGGGGACGACUCGGCCCAGCUGCUAAAACGAUCUACCGAACAUUAUCAUGAAUCCCUCAAUGAGCCACGUCCUGGGCAUGGUGUCAACGGGCGGCUCCAGCAGCUCCUCGGCCCAGCAGGAGUACCUCCUUGUAGGGAGCAUCAUGGACGCGGCCAGUGACUCCCUCCUGCUCCGCCUCAAGGCGCUCUGUGACAACGUGGAGAUCCCAGAGACCUUCAGGGACCAUGAGAUGGUCUUCAUACUCCGUGGGCAAAAUCAGCAGGCAAUGUUGAGAGCAAGGAGAUCAGUAAAUCCACCAAGUUCAUCAUGGCAGUUGAGAUAUAUUGGUCAGCCUGAUGUUAGUGAUAAAAGCAGGAUGGUCACGGUUCGCAGUUACCACGAUUGUGCCACAUCCAAAAACUUGCCCAACUUCCUCGACGAGAUUGGUUUCAAAUUAGACUAUGAGUUUGUGGCCGAGGGGCACAUGUUCAGGAAAGGCAGGCUCAAGAUAACAGUAUCAAAGUUGUACAAGUUCUCUCAGCCUGGAUUACCCGAGAGCCCUCUGGACGUCAUGACUCAGUCGCAACUCGUUGAACUCAGCGUUGUGGCGCCCUCAGGGUCAGAAAAUGUGCCAGAGGACAUGCGGCUCUUCGCGGAGCAGCUCAAACCUUUGGUAAUUGUAGAUAAGCUACAUAUAUGACUUCAACUUGGAUGCUGCUCGUAGAGGAGUGCGCUGUAAAAACAUUCUCCAAAGUGCCCAUUUUCUGCACCUGGAUAGAGAGAGGCGAUCAGAGAUGAAGUGCAUGGUGUAUGUUUGACUUGACUCUCCAAUGUUGUGGGAGUAAAAUGAGACAAUUGAUCAAUGGUUGCAACCAUUUACUACACCUGGAUCAAGAUAGUCAAUUGUGGCUGAAAUACCGUGUGUACUUUUCUUGACUUUACAAUGACGUUGUGAACUGUUAUGGUAAAGAAAGACUAAAAUCAAAGGUUUAAAUCACAGCAAUUGUAGAUGAAAUGUUGUGAGUAGGAGACCAUUGUUCCUUCCAACACUGCACCUAGAUGAAGAUAGGCAACUGGAGUUAAAGUGCUCUUGACAUGACAAUGACGUAAAUUAAAUUAUUAUGGAGGAGGAAGAGUAAAAUCAAGAAAUUGAACCUUUAUUCCGGCAGUCACUCUACUACACCUGGAUUAAGAGAGGCAACUGAAGAAGAAAUGUCGUUUGUAAUGAUCUUGAUCCGAAAUUUUUCAGUUAUUAAGAAAUCAAGCCAUAGUGAACGAGCCAAAA